GCAAGGGGUGCUUCUUCUUCAGGGGUUCGUCAUAGGCACACGACUGGGGCGGAUAGCAUGGAUGACGACGCCAGCGACGAGGACGAGGAGCCGUUGGUGGAUCGCAGAGCACGCUUGGCACGCGAGGCAGCACCUGCCGCCGCUAAGGGCCUCAGGAGAUCGGAGAGGCUGCAGGCGAAGAACACCACGCCUUCAGGACAUAGACGAGAGGUGUCGGACCAUGUGGAGGACAUCACAACUGACUCAACUGAGGCACAUUUGGGGAGCCAGCGUACACCCACCUCAGGACCUCGAGGUGACAGGGACCAGACCGAGCUCCGCACGAGUGACUUUCAUGGGCACAGGCACGGACUUUCGAACACCGGUGUUCGAGGAGUGUCGCACGGGGGAGGGAGAGUGGGGGAUGACACCGAGCAUCGUCCUAUGGAGGGUGCUAGAGUGGAGUCCACAGAGGAGCUCCAUGCCCGCUUGGAUCGAGAGGAGGAGCAGCGGCCGGAGAAAUUGCAGAGAGAGUGGGAGGGUAGACAGGAGUACAUGGAGGAUAAGCAUCGUAUUCGGGACUUGGAGACCAGUGCUGUAGUUCCUGAUGCGGGCAGGGUCGAGCAUCAGGUCCGUACAGAUCCGCCUGCAUUUGUUGCCGACGCGUCGACACCGGACACACACACACCGUUGCUGUCACCCGAGGUCAGUGUCGAUUCCGUCUCCGCAAUGGGAGGAGAUGGUGGUGCGUCCGAGUAUGGAGUCCCGGUCGUGUCCAACGUCAUAGUUGGACUUUAUGUGGUGUACACAUUGCAGCUUGAUCCUCCACUCAGUCGUGAGCCACUUGACAUGGAGGGCGAUUCCGGCGGGAUGGAGGAAGGCACAGGGGCCGAUGCGGAGGGCGACGACGAGGACGGUGAUGCAGGGCGUCCUGCACGUGCGCACAGUGCCGGUUCUGGUCGAUCGUCAUAGGGGCCGAUGUCGUUGGCGUUAGUGUUGCGAGAUCCUUCACCGGUGGCGCACGAGGUUC